CACUUGCCAUCUGUGUUCUCCGUGACAGUCCAGUUCAAGUUGCUAGGGACUAACGAGACCAGAGCCGGGUUUCAUUUCGACCAGCGCUCUCGCCGACCCAGCAAAGUCGUCCCAACUUAGCUAUGCUUCCCCUACAUACCCGACAGCUCACCGGAGGCCCUAGGAAACAGCACAUUCUAUCUUCGCAAAGUCUCAAAGUCCUCUACCGUCGACCUGCGCUGCGCUGCCUUCCCUAUAUCUUCGUCUCACUCGUAUUGGUGUACAUAUUCGCGACCCAUGUCCUCGAUCGCGCUCCGCGUUUGAUCGAGUACUCUCCGAAACGAGUGACCGUGUCCAACAAUAGUGUGGUAUACGACGAGCCUUCCGUGACGUCUCAAGUGCUUGCGGCCCGUGCACAAAAGAUCAAGGAUGCGUAUGUGCAUGCGUACUCGGGUUAUCGACGGGACGCGUGGGGAUACGACGAGCUGAAGCCGCUCACGGAAACCCAUGUCAACAAUUUCAAUGGGUGGGGAGUCUCUGUCAUCGACUCAUUGGACACGAUGUGGAUCAUGGGCCUCCACGACUUCUUUGAAGAGGGUAUCACCUGGGUCAAAGACUUGACAUUUGACAUUCCGACGGGAGAGUUUGUCCCUUUCUUCGAGACCAUCAUCCGCUAUCUCGGUGGAAUGCUCUCCGCGCACGCUCUUUCCGAUGAACCCAUCCUGCUGACCAAGGCCAGCGAGCUGGGAAUGAUGCUUAUGCCUGCAUUCAACACUCCUUCAGGUCUACCGAUGUAUGCUGUAAACCCGCAGACCGGAGAUGUUCGCAAAGGUUGGACCGGAUCUGUGCUAUGGGCAGAAGCUCUGAGCAAUCAAAUGGAAUACAAAUAUCUGGCACACCUCACUAAUCGCCCGGACUUUUACGACAAGACUGAGAAAAUCAUGGAUCUCAUGUACCGGAGCACGAUAGACAAAGGGCAGUUUCCUACGCAAUGGGAUUCUAUCACUGGCAAACCCACCAACAACCAAUUCUCCGUGGGUGCAUAUGCUGACAGUGCCCACGAAUAUCUUUUGAAGCAAUGGCUUCUCACGAGUCAGUCUGAGCCCAAGGCCAGGACAAUGUACCUAGAUGCUGUUCAGGCAAUCAUCGACAACUUGCUCUAUCUGACACCGAACCGAGAGCUCUUGUAUGUGACCGAUACCAACGGUGGCGUCCCCAGCUGGAAGUUCGAGCAUCUUUCGUGUUUUCUCCCGGGAAUGCUUGCCCUCGGUGUUCACACUCUCGAUCUCCCGCACGAAACCAAGGAAUUGCAUUCAUGGGCUGCUGACGGUAUCGCCACCACGUGCUGGCUGUCGUACGCGGACCAGGCCAGUGGGCUUGGGCCUGACGAGAUGAUUAUGGAUCACCCGCAGUCUGGCUACCAGUCGCUCAAGUGGACGACGCGCCUGGCAAGCUGGAAGGCAGAAGGAAAGCCGGGUGGAUCGCCGCCUGGUCUUGGUCCCAAAGCCCCGGCACGAAAGGCGAGGGAUUAUGUUAUUGACAAGUCAGCGUACUUGCUGCGGCCCGAAACGCUGGAGAGCUUCUACAUUCUCUGGAGAACCACUGGCGCUGAGGUUUGGAGAGAUCGUGGAUGGUCUAUCUUCGAAGCCAUCGAGAAACACGCGAGACUCAAGACAGGUUAUGCGAGUGUUCAGCAUGUUGAUAAGAUUCCAGUCAGCCAUUUGGAUGAAAUGCCCAGCUUCUUCCUUGCGGAAACGCUCAAAUACUUAUAUCUCAUGUUUGUUGGUCAAGACAUCGUGCCUCUGAGCCAAUGGGUCUUCAAUACCGAAGCUCACCCGCUGCCCAUAUUCGAAUGGUCGUCGCGAGAACGGUCGAUGUACAGGAUACCACCCGAAGCUCAUCUUUCUAGCAACUCAAGCACCCCUUGAUCCGAUUGUAGCAAUAUCCUCCAUGUAGCAUACAUUUAUCUCAUCCUCAAUGCAUCACUGCUAGAUCUAUUUGCGUCUAUUGACUUGCGCCGCUGAAUGGUUUCCUUCACACUGUUAUCGUUAUGAUAUUGUCAGGCUGACACAUCGCCCCACGCCAGCACCUUGCGCCCACUCCAAGAGAUUCCAACUCAAGCUUCGGAACGCUACUGAUGGUGUUGUCGCGGUCCGAACGUGGCGCGCUUGCACGCAAGACAAAAAACCAGCACAUACCCGUGGUCCUGAAGGCAUCGGCUCGCGCUAGAGCUGGCAUCAGCUCUUCGAAGCUCCUUCGCGACCUCAAAGCCUCACCAAGCGACUCACCCGGCGCAGCUCUGCCCCUCAUCUCUGUGAUCGAGGCGGAUACUCUACAAGCAGCUUUCCCUCUAGCCACAGAUGGCAACGGCAAGGUCGCGAUACUCUCGAUGGCUUCCGAGCUUCGACCUGGCGGUGGAUUUCUGUCCGGGGCGAACUCCCAAGAAGAAAGCCUUUGCAUGCGGACCACACUGUAUCCGGCGCUGAGAGACGACUUCUACCGCCUUCCAGAUGUUGGUUGCAUCUAUACGCAAGAUAUCUGCGUGUUCCGGGGUACAUACCCUCCCGGCGGCGAAUCCACGGCACCAGGCGCGGAAGUCAACCCACCCUCUCAGUGGUGGUUUGUCGAUGUCAUCUCGUGCGCUGCAGUGCGCGGACCGGAUGUGGACGACAACGGCCUGUCCUAUGCAGUGGACCAGCAGCGCGACCUCAUGCGAGAGAAAGUCAAGUGCAUUUUCCGAGCUGCUGCCUCUCAAGGAUGCAGACGUCUCGUUCUCGGUGCGUUCGGCUGUGGGGCGUUUGGGAACCCACCAAAUGAGGUGGCACUGCUCUUUCGAAGGGCACUGCUCGGAAGAGAGGGCAGGGCAUCUGAGUUCGCAGGUUCAUUCGACGAGGUUGUUUUCGCCAUCAGGGGCGGUAGGCAAGAUACAUUGUCUACUUUUCGGUUUGUCCUCGAUGUGUAAUGAAGGACAUCAUUGCUCUGUCCUGAGAUAUGAGCAACUACAGUCGUUCAUGACAGUUAGGAGUCAAAUGGUGUCAUCAGUCUCGAUUGAUCUCAUCAAUGUCGAACUCAAAAAGAUUGACUUAACAUCUGCUACCGUGUUAUCAUUCUAAACUCGAUGUCUGACGGAAACGACAAGGGCAAAGGGAAAGAACGCGCUCCAUCUGCCAGCAACACUGAAGAUGUUUCCGACGAAUAUUUGCUCUCGUUGCUGAACAAAGCUCGCGAGAAAGCCCGCGCUGAGAAACAAGCGCUACCUGAAGAAGAAGUCAUUUCAGUGAUGACCGAGGGAGAUGUCUCCAAACUCACUCCGCUGAGACCGAAAGACUUGCCGACUCCCUAUUUUCAACUGGGGAAGAAGAAAACCGACGUAGCCGUGCUCCGAGAUCCAGAUGCUGAAGCUGCUGAGCGGGCCGUAUCUUCGUUUUCGGUGCCCGCGCCUCCCGUUGCCCCUUCCGAGUUGACGAAAUCUGGGAAACCACUCACUAAACGCGAGCGAAAGCAGCUCCGCAAUAAAACAGCCGGACCUGAUUGGUUCGACCUGCCAGCCCCGGCGGAAGCAGACCUCCCGCGACUCUAUCGCGAAGUCGAGGCACUGCGCCUGCGAAAUCAGCUUGAUCCAAAGCGAUUCUACAGAAAGGAGGAAGGAGAAAGCAAGGGAAUCAAGGGUCUUCCGGAGUUCUUUGCGAUCGGCACCGUUGUUUCCACUUCUACGCCAUUUGGGACCCAAUCUUCGGACAACCUCACUCGCGCGGAGAGAAAGCGAACCCUGGUGGACGAAUUGGUUGAUGAUGCCGAAGCGAAACGAUACGCCAAGCGCAAGUUUGAGGAUCUGCAGACCGUCCGCGGCGCGAAAGGUCGGAACACGUUGAACGCGAAAAAGGCGGCGCGGAGACCAAAGUGGUGAUUGUAUAUACGCAUACAUGUAUCUCAGCCUCCCAAGCGCACACUCUUGACCACUUUGGAGAUACCCGACCUCUCUCCGUCGUACCGGCCCGUGUCUGCCAGCCCGCCUUUGAACACAGCCUUCUGAGAUGCGACCUUUCUUUUGGCCUUGCUGUAUUGCUCGCGCUUUUUGACACGCGGAUUUCGGGAAGCCUUUGCUCGUCGAGGGGUGAGACCCUUGUUUUUGAGGAUGGCCCGGGUGAGUGAACGAGGGCCUUCGACGGCAUCGGCCGAGAAGUCUGGUCUGCCCAUCCAUCGGCCUCGACUGCGGCUUCAUAUUCCUCUUUCUUACGCUCUUUUUUCUGCUUCGCUUUCCGCUUGACCAGAUCGUAGUAUCCGUCCGCAUCUUCGGCCUCGGCUCUUUCCUCUGCCCUCGGCUGAGGUUCGGCAUCGUCCAGGUCGUCUCCGAGCGGUCGCUGAACCACGGCCUUGGCCUUUCUUGUCUCGCGGUAGGGUAUGUCGUCGUCACCUCCCAAAGCAUUGGUUCGAGCGCCUUGCCGUCUCGCACUGGCGCUCUCAAUCUUCGAGGUGUGGAAGCGCAGAGUCUUCUUCCGCGCAGAUUUGUCAGCUGCAUCAGCGUGCUGGAGAGCAGUUGCUUCUCCAUACGCAUCGCCUGCGGACGAGUCCGAGCGACGCUGGGUUCCGACGGAUGUCGUGAACUCAGGCUCAACGAGAUCGAAUACAGGAGCAGCCGGGCCCUUGGCAGCAGUCUUCCUCUUCUUUUUGGGUCUCACUGGUUCUUCCAGCUCGGACUCUGAUUCUUGCUCGCCAGCAUCAUCAAGCAGGUCGCGCAGCUCGUCUUGUUCGAGACCGAGUAAUUUGUCAUUAGCCCAGAGCUGCUCCGCGUCCAUGAACGUGUCCUCAUCUGAGUCCUCGAGGGACUCGAUUUCAGAGUCUGAGGCAGCGAAAUCGAGCUCUUCUAGCGUGCUCAAUGACUGUUUGAGUGUGAGCAGCCGUGCCAUGACGGGAUGCUUUCGAAGCUCUUCAGGCCGGCGUUGGUACUUCUGACUGGAUCGGAUAUGGAUGUAGAAAGUCAGCGCAGUUGCAUAGGCCAACAGAGUUU